AUGCCGACACUCUCAUCAAAGGCGAUGUAUCACCACCAACUGAAGCCCUAUCGUCCCAAAAACAAGUCAUCCGAAUUCUCCGCUCCGCGUACAAGCUUGCGGGUCCCCGUUGCAACCACCUUUGGAUUUCCUCCGGUACCCGAAGCGGAUUUUGGACACGCUGCUACCGACUGGGCGGCCAUGGAACGUCGGUGGUUGGCGCCCCGACCUUCCUAUCAAUCUCCGCUGUUUGGCAACGGACUUCUUGAAACAGUGACACGACUCCGAGCCUUCCGACAUGGUGGGCAUAAAAAGUCUUUAAGCUAG